UGGGUUCGUUGGCAGAAGGAAAAGAGGAGAGAGAGAGAGAGAGAGAUGGUUAGCUCAACGAACGCUUCAACCGCAACAUUUUCCGGCCUUCGCAUAAAUGCGUCAAACCCCUCUCCCCCUCCCCUCCCCCCUCCCCCCUCUCUCUCUCUCUACUUUCUCUCUCUUCGGGUCCCCCAAAAACCCCUCUCCUACCCGUCGCAUUCUGCCACCCGUCGCAUUCUCCGCCCUGCACCUCCGCGUUAGGGUUUCACGUCCCCGUCGUCUUCCCCACCCGCGGUGGCUCCUCCGAACUCCACCACCCCUGCAGGAGGAGAGCUCAACGGAUAAUUGAGAGAGAGAUAGUGGAGGAUCAUCCCGCUCGCUGCAUUGGAGAUCUGAGCGGGAGUGCAGCAUUACCGAUAAGAUGAGCGCGUCGAGGUUCAUAAAGUGCGUUACUGUUGGCGACGGUGCCGUCGGUAAAACCUGCCUGCUGAUCUCCUACACCAGCAAUACCUUCCCCACGGAUUAUGUCCCCACUGUAUUUGACAACUUCAGUGCGAAUGUCGUUGUGAAUGGAAGUACUGUAAACCUGGGAUUGUGGGAUACAGCCGGACAAGAGGAUUACAAUCGAUUGAGACCUCUGAGUUACCGUGGAGCAGAUGUUUUCAUCCUGGCAUUUUCCCUCAUUAGCAAAGCCAGUUACGAAAAUGUCUCCAAGAAGUGGAUUCCAGAGUUGAAGCACUAUGCUCCUGGUGUGCCGAUCAUUCUUGUUGGUACAAAGCUAGAUCUCCGAGACGAUAAGCAAUUCUUCAUCGAUCAUCCUGGUGCAGUUCCAAUCACAACUGCACAGGGAGAGGAGUUGCGGAAGCUUAUUGGUGCUCCUUCAUAUAUCGAGUGCAGUGCAAAGACGCAGCAGAACGUGAAGGGGGUCUUUGAUGCAGCCAUAAGAGUGGUGCUCCAACCCCCAAAGCAAAAGAAAAAGAAGGGAAAAGCAGCAGGUUGCUCCAUAUUGUGAUAGUCACUUGGACAAAGGAGUCGCACGUUUUCCAUAGAUAAGAAUCAAUCAGCCGCAUCUGUGCCCUGUUCCUGCAUCUCCCUCUCGAUGCUCCAAAGCUGCUAUUUCCUCAAUCUCAUGGCACCGGUGGACAAGAAUUUUCAUCUUCAUUGUGCAGCUUGCUGGGUAUUACUCGCAGGUCUCUACCAGUUUUAAUGUCUCGGUCGUCUUUGCUCUCAAUAUGGUCUAUUUUUCUGUGUAUUAGCAGACUGCAGACAAGCAAGAGUUAUAAAUCUUUUAGCAUCUGUUCCUGUAACCUGUAAGGCUUUUCCUCUAUAUGUUUUUUUUUUGUUAUUCACUUCUGAACACUUUCUGAUGCAAAUCAUUAGUAUUUGUCUGUCU